UCAUAUUCAAACUGGGUUCAGGGACAGUUUCCUGCAGCUCUGCUCUCAGAUCCACCAUGAAGCUGUAUGCGAUCGCCUUCCAGUGUGCUCUGUUCACACUGGUUGAACAGGCAACUCGGCAUGAUAGCUGUGUGUGUGAGUUGACAAAUUCAGAGCAGAGAUUCCCUCAUGACAAACUCAGCACAGUGGAAGACAAUGCAUCAGAAUGCAAUAGCAACAUCACCUCACAGAAGACCAUGGAGCUGGAGAGUCUGCUGCUGGGUUUGGAGCGACGCCUGCCCCAGCUGCAGGAAGAUGUGGCAAUACUCGAGAGGGAGAAUGAUGGAGAACUUUAUGGAGCUCUCAGCCUGCAGGUGAUAGAGAAUGAAAUGAGGGAUAUCAUGCAGCUCAUCGAGAAGCUCAACAGCACCACCCUGGGACACCAGCGACUCAUAAGUGACACCACCCAAAAGGUCGAGGACCUCAAAGCCGAGAUGGAACAGCUGGAAAAGUAUGACACCAUGCAGGUGGUGAAGAGACAAGAAGCUAGCAAGCUUCUGCAAAGGGAACUGGGCCAGUGCUUGAAAGGACUUUACCCCACCAGCCAACCGACUCAGCCUCCACAUGAGACACGGCUAAACGACAACAUCCUGGACUCCGCAAUCCAAGUAUCUGGGCUAACAUGCUACCGAGCCGACCGAGUCCUUGUGGAUGGAGCUGCGUACAUUCCUCCUACCGCUAACACCAGCGAUAGGAGUGAGGCACUGAAUGAACUCUACCAGGCCAUCAGUGAACAACAGACAGCGCACCCAGAUGGAUUCCUCAUCGCAGCUGGGGACUUCAAUCAUGUGGAUUUAAAGGUUUCACCGCCCAAUCUGCACCAACAUGUGGACUUUCCAAUGAGAGGAGACAACACAUUGGACUUUGUGUACACUGCAUGCAAGGGAGCAUACAAAGCCUCCCCAUCCCCCACCUGUGUCUCUCUGAUCACAUCACCAUCAUGCUGA